AUGGCUUUGGUUGAUAGUAUCUGUGCAAUUGUUGUAAAGGGUUAUUGGAACAAUCUCUUAAAACCCAAAAUCGCUUCCACUCUCACUUCCACCACCAUUCACCAAUGUAUCUUGCACCUCACGCAACACCGUUACGAACCUUUUUUCAUCUUCUCAUUCUUCAAAUGGCUUCAUUCCAUCCCACACUACACUCAUUCCUUACAAUCUUCAUGGUCCAUGCUUCACAUACUCACCAAACACAGACAUUUCAAAACUGCACACCAGAUGCUUGAUAAAAUUGCGCAAAAGGAAAUACUUUCCUCGCCUUCAGUUUUGACCUCUUUGGUGAGAAUUCAUGAUGACCCUGAAGUUAAUUCACAUGUUUUGAGUUGGAUUGUGAUACAUUAUGCGAAAUCGAAGAUGACCCAUGAUGCGGUUCAGGUUUUUGAGCAGAUGAGUUUGUGUAAUUUAAAGCCGCAUUUGCAUGCUUGUACUGCGCUUUUGAACUCUUUGUUGAAAGAUGGUGUUACUAAUAUGGCGUGGAAGGUUUAUAAGAGAAUGGUUCAAGAUGGGGUUGUUCCUAAUAUCUAUAUUUAUAAUUGUUUAAUUCACGCUUGUUUGAAAUCGAGAGAUGUGGAGAGGGCGGAACUUAUACUGAAUGAGAUGGAAGGAAAGUGUGUGGUUCCUGAUAUUUUCACAUACAAUACUUUGAUAGCUUUGUAUUGCAAAAAGGGGAUGCACUAUGAGGCUUUGUCGGUGCAGGAUAAAAUGGAAAGAGAGGGGAUAAACCUUGAUAUUGUUAGUUACAAUUCUCUUAUUUAUGGAUUUUGCAAAGAAGGUAAGAUGAGGGAAGCUAUGAGGAUGUUCGGAGAAAUCAAAAGUGCCACUCCCAAUCUUGUCACAUAUACUACAUUGAUUGAUGGUUAUUGUAAAACAAAUGAACUGGAGCAAGCUCUGAGAUUGCGUGAGAUGAUGGAGGCUAAGGGAUUGUACCCUGGUGUUGUUACUUAUAAUUCGAUUUUGCGCAAGCUGUGUUCGGAUGGCAGGAUAAGGGAUGCAAACAAACUCUUGAAUGAGAUGAGUGAAAAAAAGAUUCAAGCUGACAAUAUCACAUGCAACACACUGAUUAAUGCAUAUUGCAAGAUAGGAGAUUUGAGUUCUGCUUUGAAAGUUAAAAAUAAGAUGUUAGAAGCUGGACUGAAGCCUGAUCCCUUUACAUAUAAAGCACUGAUUUACGGGUUCUGUAAAACGAGCGAGCUUGAAAGUGCCAAAGAACUAUUGUUUGGCAUGCUUGAUGCUGGAUUUUCUCCAAGCUAUUGCACUUACUCAUGGAUUGUAGAUGGCUAUUGUAAGAAAAACAAUACAGAUGCAGUUCUAGCACUGCCGGAUGAGUUUCUGAGUAAAGGUAUUUGUCUUGAUGUUUCUGUUUACAGGGCAUUGAUAAGAAGGUUAAGCAAGAUAGAAAGGAUUGAAUGUGCUGAAAAGUUGUUAGUUCAUAUGGAAGGGAAGGGUAUUUCAGGCGAUAGUGUUAUCUACACCAGUGUUGCUUUUGCUUAUUGGAAAUCAGGGAACACAAAUGCUGCCUCAAAUGUGUUAGAAGAAAUGGCUAGGAGGAGGUUGAUGAUCACUGCCGAAAUCUAUAGAUGCUUUAGUGCUCCUGAUGCUGGUGAAAACAAAGUUUCACAGAUGUUCUGGGAUCAUGUGGUGGAAAGGGGUCUGAUAUCAAGAAAUACAAUGUAUAAAAUAAAACAAAUGCUGAUAUGA